AUCCGCCUCCUUCUUCUCUUACCAGGCGAUCGGGAUUCUACGAUUCAAUGCAGUCUAUCGGUUUCGACCAUGGGUAACAGUUUGGGGGCUUAUGAAGCAUUAUCUUAUGUCUGGGGUUCACCCGCUACUACAGACACCGUCAUCCUUGAUGGUCGACCUGUACUUGUUACUCCAAACCUUCAAUACGCAUUACGAUGCCUCCGUUACAAGACAUCAUCUAGACUCUUGUGGGUCGAUGCGCUCUGCAUCGAUCAAAAGAGUACGGAGGAGAAGAGCGUCCAAGUCCCGCGUAUGUGGGCGGUCUUUACCUUUUGUCGGAGGGCUCUGAUAUUCCUGGGCGAUGAAUCAGAUGACAGCGGCCGAGCGCUGCAUCUCUUACACAUGAUCUCGCAACUUCAGCCAACGGAUCUCGAUACAAUGGCGAAAAUGGUGGGUGAUCGUAGUCUGGCUUCAUCUUGGAACGCCCUCUCGAAACUGGCGCAACGACCGUGGUGGGGCCGCGCAUGGAUUAUCCAGGAGUAUGCUGUUGCAACGAACAUCCAUUUCCUAUGUGGC